GACUCGUUAUUCAAGCGCAUAUCGGCAGUACAAAAAUAUGACAGGGCAAAGCCAUGGGUAUCGACGCCGUUGCUUGUUCACGUCUCGCUCAUGUCGCGUCAGACUUGUGUUGAGUUCAAUGAGCAACUAGUAUGUCGCGAAAAGGACGUCGUUACUGUGACGGUAACGAAUGAGCCCGAGUCUGGUCGACACGGUCAAUGUCCUGGUUCCGGAACCGUGGAAGACCCUUAUGUCGUCGACUGGGAUCCAGACGACAAAUCAUAUCCAUAUAACUGGUCAAACGGCCGCAGAUGGUUGAUUACCUUGCAGCUCGCUUUAUCCACCUUGACGGUUGCAUUCUGCAGCAGUGCAAUCACUGGCGGCUUAGCUGCUCUUGCGAAGGAGAUGCACUGUUCGCAAGAGGUUGCUUUAUUAGGUGUCUCUCUUUAUGUCAUUGGUUUUGGACUAGGACCAUUAGUCUUCGCACCCCUGAGUGAAGUACUCGGGCGACGACCUGUCUUCCUAUUAACAUACAGCGUUCUAACGCUUUUUCUCCUGGGGUGUGCCUUGUCCCGUAAUAUUGUUGCAAUGCUGAUUUGCCGGCUAUUCGCUGGCAUCUUUGGAUCAUCCCCACUCACCAAUGCCAGUGGUGUUGUGUCUGAUAUUUGGACUCCUCGUGAGCGCGGAGUUGCAUCUGCAUUAUAUGCUAGCGCACCGUUUCUAGGUCCAGUAUUAGGCCCACUUGUGAGCGGUUGGGUCGCAGAGACUCGGUUAGGUUGGCGAUUCAACUUCUGGAUCAUGUUGAUGUGCGCUGGGUUCUCUCUGGUAUUCGGCUUUCUGGCAACGCCUGAAACGUAUUCUCCGGUGUUAUUGAGAAAACGUGCGAAACGACUUAGUAAGGCAUCUGGCGGGCAGAAACGAUACAUCUCAAAGCAUGACUUAUUGCAUGCCAGGUCAUUUCGUGUUAUCCUACGAACUAACAUGACAAGGCCCUUUACAUUCUUAGCGACAGAACCCAUCGUGCUUCUUAUUGCACUUUACAUCUCUAUUGCAUAUGCGAUUCUCUACUCGUUCUUCGCUGCAUUCCCCAUCGUGUUUCAGGAACAUCGACACUUUUCUACUGGUCAAGGAGGUCUCGCAUUCCUCGGUGUCGGUGCUGGAGUAGUUAUCGGGUCGGCUUUGACUCCUAUACAAAACAGACUUUACUGGAGGGCUAUGGAUAGGAGUCCUGAAGGAAAGGCACCUCCUGAAGCCCGACUGUAUCUUCCCAUGUUUUCAGCAAUUGUACUCCCAAUUGGGCUCUUCUGGUUUGCUUGGACAACCGAUCUUCCCGUUCACUACAUUGUGCCGAUCCUAGCUGGCAUUCCUAUUGGUUUGGGCACUGCUCAAAUUAUGAUCGGGCUUACACAGUACCUCAUUGACACGUAUGGCAUAUUCUGUGCCAGUGCGAUUGCAGCUACUGUCUUGCUCCGAUCUAUCCUUGCCGCUGUCUUCCCGCUCAUCAGCCCGCCCAUGUAUAAGAAGCUGGGUAACCACUGGGCCGUCACCAUAUUUGCAUGUAUAGCACUGGCAUGCACUCCAAUACCGUGGUUAUUUUAUAAAUACGGUGCAUUGAUUCGCAGCAAAUCGCAGUAUGCUCGUCAUCCCAGCGUACCUCCCACUGUUUUUUCAAUCCGCGAUACGAAUGCAACGAAUGAAAAGAAGGCUCAAAUGUCUGUUUAGCAUUUAGAAUGUCUCGUAAUGAUUAGAGCUACGUACAUACCACAACCACGUCGUCAUGAUAACCUAUUGAUCAGAUUGCCAUUGAGCACAUUUGC